UUUUGGCACAGCCAGGCAGGAUCCUUGCUACUCCUUGGCUAGCCCGCCUGACUGGGGAAUUUUUGGAUAAGACCCUAGCAGCUGCUGGGAUCACUUGUCCUGAGGAUCUUCCCUUCAAAAUUCCCCAAAGCAGCACCCCUGCCCCAGUGCUUGGCAGUUGGAGCAAGAAAUCAACACUUGGGAGCAGCUGACAGGCUCCAUGCAGUAGGAUUGUGGGGCAUUUGCUGAACAGUUGAUAAUAUCAGUCAAGAAUAAAGCUGAAGUCGACUGUGCUUUGUAAAACUGGCUCACAUAACCUCGGAAGCUGCAGUGCCGCUGGAUUCCAGCCUCCAGGGCUCGACACCAGACAGUCUGAGCAUGCGAGUCACACUUGCUGUCACAGCCUGCAUGCUCUCUGUGGUCUCCAGUGUUUCCUAUUCAGCAGAUACUUUGCCAGAUAUUGAAAAUGAAGGCUUCAUCAAAGAGUGUGUUCGAAUGCAUAACAAGUUUCGAUCAGGAGUGACGCCAACAGCCAGUGAUAUGCUGUACAUGACUUGGGACCCAGUACUAGCCCGAAUUGCAAAAGCAUGGGCAAGAAAUUGUCAGUUUGCACACAACGUGCGGCUGAAGCCACCCCACAAGCUACACCCAAAUUUCACUUCACUGGGAGAAAACCUGUGGACUGGGUCUCUAUCCAUCUUUUCUGUGUCUUCAGCCAUCACAGACUGGUACGAAGAAGUUCAAUACUAUAACUUUAAGACUCGGAAAUGUGACAAGGUCUGUGGCCAUUACACUCAGGUCGUUUGGGCAGAUAGUUACAAAGUUGGCUGUGCAGUACAGUUUUGUCCUCGAGUUUCUGGCUUUGAAAGUCUUGGCAGUGGAGCGCAUUUUAUAUGCAACUAUGCACCAGCAGGAAAUUACCCAACCUGGCCAUAUAAAAAAGGAUCCACGUGCAGUGCCUGCCCCAGUCAUGACAACUGUUUGGACAAUCUCUGCGUUAACCCACAACGAGACAAAGUGACACGUUACUACUCUGCUGUGUUUCCGGACUGGCCGAUAUUUCCACGUAACAGAUACAUAUCGCUUUUUCUCAUUGUUACUCCACCUAUCCUAAUAUUGACUGUUAUAAUUAUCAUUUUGGUCAAGCACAAAUACCCUCAUUUACUUCCUUUGAACUAAUACAAUCCAGGGGAAAAAAUUCCUCAUUC